AAACCAAUUAAUGAAAUGAAGACUGCUUUAGUAUUAGUGAGUUUUUUGCUAGCAAGUUUCAGCCAUGGUGUUCCUCUGGAUGAGACGAAGCCUGUGACGGGACUGAAGGCUCCAAAAGUGUACAUGUCAUUAUCAACGGAUGGCGAUACUGUAGCAUUUUAUUUCAGUUGGGAUAAAGUGGUCAGCGAUGAUCCAGAAGAUCCUGUCAUAGGUUAUACGGCCUACUUAUGGGAGAUUAAGCAGUGGAAAACCAUGGAAAUGAACUAUCUUACUGGUAAACUAGAAGAAAUUGAAAAUGAACCGAAAAUGGACGAUGAUAUCCUGCCCGACGGGAUACCAAUGAUAGUGACAGUACCAGCGAACGACACUUAUGCGCCUUUCCGCAACUUGAAGAGAAGAGUCUGUUACGAGAUCAGGGUGAAGGCUUUCACGAAGACCAGGGAGGGACCCUUCUCUAGUCCCACGAGACAUAAGGUACUCAAUACCACGAUCACUCAUACCGGACCUCUGUAACGAAGACCUAACUUAAGUUUAUCACACUACAGCAAAAAUU